GGGGCCCCGUCCGAGGCCAAGGCGUCCGCGAUGCGCAGCUGGCUAGAAGGACUGUUCCAGCCGGGUGACAACAAGCUGGCCAUGAAGGUGUUCGGCCACAAGAUGGCGCUUAUGAAGGAACGCAUCCGGCAGAAGGCCGCCGGGAAUUGCAUCAUCCACCCGUGCAGCAAUUUCAGGCUCUAUUGGAAUCUCUGCAUGGCGCUGCUUCUCGUGUCGAACCUUAUCGUCUCGCCCGUGACCAUCUCGUUCUUCAAUGAUGACCUGUCUAUCCGAUGGAUCGCCUUCAACUGUGUCUUGGAUGCAGUCUUCCUGUUUGACAUCAUCGUCAACUUCCGAACAGGACUCUUGAAUCGGGACAACUCGAAGCAAGUAAUCCUGGACCCGCGGAAGGUCGCCUGCCGCUACAUCCGUACCUGGUUCUUCCUGGAUCUGAUCAGCACCAUCCCGGUCGACUACGCCUUUCUUCUCCUCAACCAGGACCACAGCGGCAGUUACCAGCUGCUCAACGCGGGCCGCGCAUUACGCAACCUACGUAUCGCUAAGAUGCUCAGCCUCCCAAGGCUACUGAGGCUGUCGAGGCUCGUUCGAUACGUCAGCCGGUUGGAAGAGGUCUACUUUCUCAACAGGUCAAGCGUGUUCGUGAGAAUUGUCAACCUGAUCUGCAUGAUGCUUCUCAUUUCUCACUGGAACGGGUGCCUUCAGUUUCUCGUCCCCAUGCUGCGGGGGUUCCCUUCCAAUUCCUGGGUUGCCAUCAACGAGCUCGAGGAGAAAAGCUGGUUUGAGCAGUAUUCGUGGUCCCUGUUCAAGGCUGUGUCCCAGAUGCUUUGUGUAGGCUACGGCCGUUUCCCACCCCAGAGUUUCGCGGAUAUGUGGCUCACUCUGCUGAGCAUAAUCAGCGGUGUCGCCUGCUACGCCUUUUUGCUGGGUCACGUCACAAACCUUAUACUGUCCCUAGACUCCUCGAGUCGUCAAUACAAAGAGAAGAUAAAGCAAGUAGAAGAAUACAUGGCGUACCAUAAGCUUCCCAGUGGUCUUCGUCAAAGGAUCACAGACUACUUUGAGCACCGCUACCAGGGAAAAUUCUUCGACGAGGAGGCCAUUUUCGGAGAGCUCUCAGGGGGGCUACGAGAGGAUCUAAUCACCUUCAACUGCCGGACCCUGGUGGAAUCGGUGCCGUUCUUCGCCAACGCUGACGCCAACUUCGUCAGUGACGUAGUAUCAAAGCUUAAGUACGAGGUCUUCCAGCCAGGUGACGUCAUCGUCAGGGAAGGGACGCUUGGUAUCAAGAUGUACCUCAUCCAGGAAGGCAUCGUGAAUAUUCUGAUGAGCAACGGAGACGUAGCUAUCAGUCUUUCAGAUGGGUCCUAUUUUGGAGAGAUGUGCCUCCUGACCAAUCAGCGAAAUGUGGCCAGCGUGCGCGCCGAGACCUAUUGCAACCUCUUCUCCCUGUCCGUGGAGCACUUCACCGCCGUGCUCGCCGCGUACCCGCUGAUGCAGCGCACCCUGGAGUGCACAGCCUCCGAGCGCCUGAACAAGAUCGACGAGAACUUGGAUGCGGACAUAGGCCUUGCCCGGUCAGGACACCGUGAGAACAAACAAUACAACGAGGAUGAAAAGUGAAGACCACGAGUGGCUCUAAAAAAUGAGCUUGUAAUUCAUGCUUACGGUUUUACACUGAAGCGUACAAUCAGUGUUGUUAGGACAUGCUAGACAUACGUAUACGUGCCACGAAGGACACUACACAUGAGUGUGCAAAACUUCCGUAACAUUAUCAUGCUGCGCUGACAUUUUUGUUGGAGUGUUGCUAGGUGCACGCGCUUCGCGCACUGGCGACUUUGUCGUGGCUUGCAAAAAAUACAGAGUUUUUUAAAGCCACAGAUUCACUCCUCGUAUACAUUAUACAAAAGACAAUGUGUUUGGUACAGACAAGAUGACAGAAUCCAACCUUUUUUUUU